AUGUUGUUUAUAAGUUUGUUCGCGAUCUGCGUCUCCGUUGCGUUUGCAGAAGAUCACUGUAGAGAUGUGAAGGGGUCAAGAUGGUUAACAGAUCCAAAUGAUUGUUCCAGCUUUUACGUUUGUUUUCAUGGAAUGGAAUUUAAAUAUACUUGUCCAACAAACACGGUGACAGAUGUUGUGAGCCGCGCGUGCGUUCCGAAAGGGUCCCGACUUGACACAUGUAAGAAAGGAAAACCGGAAGUCGAUCAAGGAAAAGUAAAUGUUGAUGAAGUAAAGCCAACUGUAGACCAGGGUAAAACGGACUCUGUCCAAGGGAAACCCGACACGACCCAAGUUAAACCAACUGUCGACCAGGGAAAGCCACCACUGGGAGGAUUGGCCGUAAUACACACUCAGACUGUGUGCCAGUCAACUCCCAAGGACAGACUGCCCCACUCUAACUGUGCCAAGUACGUGGACUGUCACUCCGGUGUCCCAAAUGUCAAUGAAUGUCCUUAUCCUCAGCUCUAUGACGUCACUACAGAACAAUGCCAGCACCAUGAUAAAGUCCAGUGUGAGAACAGGAAGGAACCCAAAUCACCAUGUGACUACGACGCCUACCAAUGUGGUUUGUCCUCUCACUGUGUGCCGUGUGAGGUUAGAUUUCCCAGCUGUGAAGGUGCAGAUGACGGCCCCAAUCCCUGGAAAGGACGGGAAUGGACACCAUAUUUCAUCACAUGUUACAAGGAACGCCUAACUUUCCAGUCUAAGUGUACAUUGGACGCCAGCAGUGCUGGGAGUUAUGUGUUCGAUCCCGUCAAGAAACAAUGCGUUGACGUAAAGGAUGUAACUAUGUUAUAUAAAUAA